AUGCGUCAAUCAUCAGGAACUGCUGCAAGCCUGCGUUUGCCCUCGCUACCUCGCUUCCACCCGGCCAACUUUGCAUCGCAAGGCUCCAGUGCCGCAGGGACACCCACGACGAACCCAAACUCGCCUCAGCCCCCACUCUCUCCACGGGCCCAUCAGAAGCACUAUUCUGAUAUUCAGCGCCAGAUGCACUCCUAUCAACAGCAACUCAUGGCCAACGCAGCUCGACAGGCACGCGGAAACGCAAAGCCCUCUAGCCCGAAGCUCACCCCUCUUGAUAGCCCUGGACCUGUCACUCCCAUGGAGCUGGAGGGUGCUGGCGGCUAUCUCACCGCUGGCAUGACCACCAACGAUGCAGCGGCUCAUGUGGAGAAGCUGAUCCGAGACGAGGCCUCCCGUCGUGGCGAUAUUUCACCUGGACGUACCACUGCUGUUGGAGAAAAAGACAAGUCUGAACCUUCCGUACACGAUCGAAACCGCUAG